UCAGCUCCUUGGCUCCUCCCUCCACUGGGCGUCAAGCAGGUGAACUCUGAAGUCUUGAGCAGGUGUCCAGGGAGCAAGUUUACUUGGAAGUCUUUCGCAACAAAGUAUAAACGGUUCAUUCUCCGCGUUAGCCAAUACAAUUAAAAAAAGGCUUUUGUCCACUGAAAUCAGCGCAUACAACAAAUACCUAUUGGAUUGAGCGAAUAAAAACUUUAAUGGAAGUCUUCUGAAAGAUAAGUUCAAGUUUUCAGUAACUAAAGAAGAUGAACUGGGGCCAGCUGUAUUCUCUGUUAGGAGGCGUGAACAAGCACUCCACCAGCCUUGGGAAGGUCUGGCUGUCUGUCCUCUUCAUUUUCCGCAUUAUGAUCCUCAUCGUGGCAGUGGAGAGCGUCUGGGGAGAUGAACAGUCGGACUUCACCUGCAACACCCUACAGCCCGGCUGCAAGAACGUCUGCUACGACCACUACUUCCCCAUCUCCCACAUUCGGCUCUGGAGCCUUCAGCUCAUUUUUGUUUCCACUCCUGCUCUCCUGGUAGCCAUGCACGUGGCUCACAGCAUAAGAGAGGAAAAGAAGGAUCUCAUUAGAACUAUGGGUGACAAAGCAGAUGUGGACAUAGAAAUGCUUAAGAAGAAGAAGUUCCAUAUUGUGGGGCCGCUGUGGUGGACCUACACUGUUAGUCUGUUUUUCAGGUUGCUGUUUGAAGCUGCCUUCAUGUAUGCUUUUUAUUAUCUUUACAGUGGCUUCCAUAUGCCACGCCUGGUGAAAUGUGACGCUUGGCCCUGCCCAAACACAGUUGAUUGUUUCAUUUCUCGACCCACUGAGAAGACCGUGUUCACCAUUUUCAUGAUUGCUGCCUCAUCCCUGUGCAUGGUACUCAAUGUGGCUGAACUGUCCUACCUGAUCAUAAAAGCUUUGCUGGGGUGUUGCAGAAAACAAAGGUAUCACUCUGGUCAUGUUUCCAAAAGUAAGGAACGCCACCAAAAUAAAAGGAAUGAAAUCCUGCUAUUGGAAUCCAGCAAGGCUAGUGCUCCACAUAAAUAGGCCUAACACCAUAGUGUACAUUUACAGUGUUUCAGUUCUACAUAUGUUCAGUGUACAUGCUGCCAGAUUCUAGAGUAACCAGAGGCUCUCAUGUUUUGUUUUGUUCUUUAGAAAAUAUAACUUUUGUAUCCAGGUCAUGUCUUCAGUGCUGCCCUCUUUACCUUACGGCAGUUAUAGCAAGGAGAUAUUAGCGUACAGAAUAUGACUGUUUUGUAUUCAUUAUUCAUUCAUAUUUUGUAACAAUUGUUUUAUUAAUGAGUUUCCACAGAGAGUAACUGAAUUCUGUUAAUGCAUUGCAAAUACAAAUAGUACAUUAAACACAGAACUGCAUUAUCAGUGGUGUACUGGGACGAUAGAACAGUAUUAUUCACCCUGUUUGGCUAAUCUAGAACCACAGUGAUGUACAUGUCAGCUGCAAGUGUCCAAUAUAUUUACUGUAAGAUUAACAUUGUAGAGAUGCCAGACAAGGGCAAGAAAAGUCCAGUCUCCCAGACAACCUUUAAUGAAUGUAGUUUACAGUUCUUGAAAUGUUUGUCAAUUACAACUGAUACUUAGAGACUGCAGCAAAAUGUAAUGAGAUGUUUGUUAAGGAAGUUGAACAAAACUGAAUAUUAUGGCUGAGAAUAUUAUGGCAUUUCCCUUUUAACAUUAAUUUUAUUUUCCUUUUAUUUCAUAUAUGAUUUUUACAUAGCUCACAGUGCCCUCCAGUGGCCAUAUGUUGUAUUGUGGCAUUUAUCUAAAGGGAAAGUCCAGUAUAAAUUUAUUGCACACCCUUAAUAUUUGUAGCAACUCAGAGGUCAAAGCAUUGUGACCAUACUGUGUUUAAAAUGAAGUUAUCCGACAGUAUUACACAAACAAUGUAACUGGGUUGGAAUUAUAGUUUUUUAAAACUUGGCGUGCAUUUGAAACAAAUUCUGUCUGGUUUAGUCUGCUAGUUGCCCUUGAUUUCAGUGCCACACUGCAUCAUGAAACUUUUGGGCUACCACAGUAAAGAAACGAAACUGUCCAUGGUAAAAAGGGCUUCAGGGUGACCUACCAUUGUUUAAUUUUAAGCAGGAUAAAAAGAAAAUAGAUAUUUCCAACAAUUAUGUUCCUUGCACUUUAAAGACAUGUAAACAUUAUGCUUAAAGACACUGGAUAAAGAUUGACUUUUUAUGAUACAAUUACCAAUUACCCAUUUGUAUCUGCCAGUUUCUGAUCUAAAAACUAUUUGUUAAAUUGCUGAUGGAACAAUGCCUUGGAAUCUUUGGAAACUUUGGAAUUAAUAUGGGCUUUAUUUAACAAAACAUUUCUUAAAACACUUCCUCUGGGCACUAUCACAAAAAUAAGGUCUGUUUUUUUUAUUUUUAUUAACUUAAUCAAGUUUGUAGUUGAACUGCUUUAGAACACACUGUUCAUAUAUCAGUGCACUAUGAGUAUGUUUGUAAGUGCUCUUCAAACAGCAUUCCCUUAAAAACAAUGUUAAAACGUCUUGUGAAUAGGGCCCCAAAUUUCUUCAAAAUUGUUUUAUUUUACAAACUAUUUACUUUGUAAUGACAUAGUUAUCACUGGUAGAAGUACAUUACAGUAAGUGUUGUUUAAAAUAUGAAAAUAUUAUAUUUUAACGAUAAUAUUGAAAAAUGAAUAUAUAUAUAAACUAGGUGUAUCAUUAUUAAUGUUAUUUAAUUAGUUUAUGAUAUCUGAAUAUUAUGUGUAAAUAGAAUUACAGAGCUGUAAUCUGCUUCGAAUCUGUGAACAUUUCCAUUUGAUAUUUUUCUGUUUGUUUAUAAACGAUUACUGCCAGUUUAAUAAAGAACACAUGUUUAACAAAAUAUAAAUAAAACAAUUGUAUUGUGUGUUUUAA